UCUUGCCUUCACCUGUUGGCUUGCUUGGAGUGCAUGCUUCUGCACCCAAAGGGGUGUAGCCAGGAAGAUGCUCGAUCACACACUGGCUGUGGGGGUGCGCAGCUAUGUCCUGCAGCAACACUACACCUUCGAGCAUGACUUGGGCCUUUGGGCCUUUGGGGCUCUGCAGGUCCUCAAGGAUCGCAGAUCUGGCGCAUUGAAAACGUGCAAGGCUGCGGCCAAGGGCCGCCUGCCCGAGCCGCGCGCAGCUGGGGAAAGGCUUCGGAAGUUGGCAGAGAUCCAGCACCCCAUGCUUUCCCAUGUGACGGAUGUCAAGGAGGACGCGGACUAUUUCUUCAUCAUCUCUGCAAGGGCUGGCGGAGGCGAUGUCGGAGAUUGGCUGGAGAGGCUGGCAGCCCACGAGGAGGUUGUGGAAGAGGAGACGUGCGCCAGCUACGUGGCACAGGUCCUUGCAGCUUUAGUGCACUGCCACUCUUGUGGUGCCUACCAUCAUGAGCUCCGACCCGGCAGUGUUUUCCUCACCUCCAGGCAGCCAGAUGCGCGAGUGCUGCUCAGUGACGUGGGCGUCCUUGAUGCCUUGGAGGGAGGAUCCAAAAACGGCGCAGAGGCGGAUUUACAAGGGGUGGGCCUGCUGGCGCUGGCAUUGCUCCUGGGCUUGACGCCCAGUCAGGCAGAGGACGUGGAGCGUCACCUGGACGAUCCCGACCUGUGGACCCCGCGCAGCCAGGAGGCGUUUGACUUCGUAAAGCUCCUGCUGGUGGAGGAUGUGCCCUGCACCGCGGCGCUGGCACUUCAGCAUCCUUGGCUCAGGAACAUUCUGCUGCGUCCUGGGCUUGCAAGUGCUGGGCUUGCUCGGGAAGAUGCCCUGAGUAGGUUGACCUGCUAUCUGCUGGUGUUGCUCCUAAUUCCGGUUGAGAUGGCGCACCGCGAUCUGGAGACUCGGAUGGAGAGGCUCCUAGCAGAUUUCCAGCGAAUGGACGAGGACGGGGACGGCCUGCUCUCCACUCGCCUGGCGCUGCGCCUCCUGGCAUUGCGCGGGGUGCGCAAUGGCGAGGUCGCUGUGGCGGUGGCGGAUGCACGGGGCUGCGGCGUGCUGGACUUCAGUGCGAUGGCGGCAGCUGCUUUGAUGGCGGACCUGCUGCCGGAAGGCGGCGCGGCAAGGGUGGAUGACAUCUUGGCUUGCUUGCAGAAGCUCUUCUUCGAGGCCUACGCCACUGAUGAUGAUGGGGCGGUUGCGGAGCGCAGCCACGUCGCAGAGAAAGUCUCCAAUUCAGUUGGGAACCUCCUGCGACGGCAUGGGGAUGUGUCGUUCAAUGAAAUCCUGUUGGCGUUUGAUGAGGAGAUUGAUCAGGAGAACUUGGCGACGCGGCUCACAGAGGCCUCGGGCCGAGGCACCCGCCUGGCGCUGUUUGAGUCCGGCUUCCUUGCCAAGGAGGAGCCAGGCUCUUGGUUCACGAACCUCUUCAGGACCUGCGUGCAGCCUCCCCAAAGAAGGGAGAUUGUCCGUUGUUGACCGCACGAGCAAAA